AUGUCAUCAGCACAAAAAACUCGCAUUUCAUAUUUAAAAAGAAAAGAAAAUGUAAAAGAGUCUGAUAAUAAUUCAAACAAUAUUGUAAAUGAUAAUACAACCAAUAUGCAUGGCAUAUGUCAUGAUUACUGGAAACCAACAAUACCAUCCUAUUCUGAGAUGAAUACAAGAACUAGAGCUGUUUUUACUAUACGACCAUUUGUCUAUGGGAAAUAUGCACCUGAUCAAAGUGAAAGUUUAGAAAAACAUCAAGAAUCUACUUAUCAUAAAAUAGCUGUACAAAGUUUAUCAUUUAGACAGCAAGAAAGAUCAGUAGCACAAUUAGCAAAUUGUAAUGAUAUUCAAACAUUAUUAAAACAUCUGCAAUUAACAUUAAUUCAACCUAGUGAUACACGAUGGUUAUCAUAUUCUCAUUCUAUUAAUGCUGUCAUUCAUUGUUAUGAACGAUUAAGUAUUGAUAAAAUUAUAUCAAAUAUAACAGCUCGAUUUGAAUCAAAUGUAUUUAAUAUAAUCAAACAAUAG